GGUUGAUUCAACAGUAUAAGUAGCAUCCAUAACAAAAUCGAGAUUAAAAAUUUACUUACAAUUGAAACGCCUAGACAGGUAAGAAGGCCUAUGUUCCUUUGAUGAAUUUUCAACUUAGAUUUCGUACGGGUUAGUCAUUGUUUCCUCCAAAAGCUAGCGUUAACUUUGCCUUGUUUGUUUUCUCCUGCUAAGCGAGUAUGCAUAGUUUCGAGAAAGAGAAAACAGAGAGUUCACAUAUCUAUAUUGCGACGGCCGCAGGGACAGUGUCCCUGUUCAGUAUUUGGGCGGUUUGGCGAUUUCGGAGGUUCGAAACGGUCCAUAAUAUCCCGAAAGCUCUCUUUCCUAAAAAGCUGCCGGAUCGAACUCAAACCUUUCGAUCACUAUUCGGCUAUGUGACCAGAGUGGGUGAUGGGGAUAAUUUUCGUUUUUACCAUACGCCUGGAGGUUGUUGGCUAGGAUGGCAUUGGUUGCGACAAGUGCCUUCCUCACGGUCUGCUUUGGCUUCCAAAACCAUUUCUGUUCGAUUAGCUGGGGUGGAUGCACCAGAAUCAGGCUACUUUGGAAAGAAAGCCCAACCAUUUUCCCUAGAUGCCAAACAAUUUCUGUCGAAAACGAUUCUAAACAAAAAUGUUCGGAUAACUCCUCUAAAGAUUGACCAAUACUCUAGACUGGUAGCUGGUGUACAGUACUAUCCAAUCUCUCAUUUUUUCUGGAAAAGGGAUAUUGGUCCCAUUAUGGUCCAAAAGGGAUUAGCUGUAGUUUACGAUGGGAAUGAUGGUGUCUUUUAUCCAUCAAAAAAAGAAUACUUGCAAUCUCUUGAAAAGAAAGCUAAGAAGAAAGAACUGGGUCUUUGGUCUCAAGGGAAACAGCUCAUAUUACCAUCUCAAUAUAAGCGAAACAAUUAGGUAUACAUACGUCUUACUCUUCCUUCCUUAAUGCAUGUCUUUUGAAUCUAGUAUUGCGAUUUUUGAGCAUUUUCCCUAGGAAUUAGAGAUUUUCCUACGCUCACUACAUAUUAUCUAUCAACUAACUCCUCUAUCAAAAAAUUAUUUUACUCUUAAAUGCAUUGUAAAGCUUCUGUUCAACUAUUGUUUACAAAAUAAUGAGGAAACCCUAAAAGCCACUAUCCAACAUUAUGC